UUUUAAAGUAAAGAUGGUUCUAUAAAUUUGGAUUGAAGGGUAGCCACUCCCCUCUCCCCUCUCCCCUCUCCUGCCUUUUGCUGAGAACUACUCCUCGCUUGCGUGCGCAUUAAUGGCGAUGUGUUUUUUCGGAGGGGGGUCAGCGAUGAAGGCCGUGGCAUCCAAAGCCCUGGUCAUCAAGAUCAACGUCGCCUUCCUCAGCUUCUUCGUCUUCGCCUACGUCGCUCUCCUCCUCCUCCGUCCUGCUUCGUUCUACGACGACUCGGGAAACUGUGCGCUCCGGGGUGGUUGUCUAUUCAUGAAGAAGGCGGAAGGAGGAGGAUUGUUGAAGAAAGGGAACCGGACGGCGAUGGAGACGACGGCGGCGCCUAGUUUCCUCAAGGCGCUCGGAGGCGGCGCGAGGGUGGCGCUGGUGAACAUGGCGGAGGAGGAAGCAGAGCAGUGGGGGGUCCACCGCAGAGCCGCCGUGGCGGUGGCGUUCGAGCCCGUGUCGGAGCACUUGGAGUGGAAGGACUUGUUCCCGGAGUGGAUCGACGAGGAGGAGGAGAACGAGGGGCCGUCGUGCCCGGAGAUCCCUCUGCCGGCGCUGCCGGCGGGCGAGGUGGACGCGGUGCUAGCCCUGCUUCCGUGUGGCGGCCGCGGCGGGCGGGACGUGGGGCGGCUGCAGGUGCACCUGGCGGCCGCGAGCGUGGCGGCGCGCCGGGGGCGGAGGGACAGCAGGGGCAGGGUGAGGGUGGCGCUGCGAGCGUGCGCGGCGGCGCCUCCGCCGAUGAUGGAGGUGUUCCGGUGCGACGAGGUGGUGGCGAGGGAGGGCGAGUGGUGGGUCUACGCGGCGGAGGCUGCGAGGCUGGAGGAGAAGCUCGCGCUCCCCGUUGGCUCCUGCAAUCUCGCCAUGCCACUGUGGGAAAAAGGAACUGAUGUGGUUUACGACGCGUCGAAGCUGGCGGCGCCGGCGAGCGCUGGCCGCCGCGAGGCCUACGUGACGGUGCUCCACUCGUCGGAGGCGUACGUGUGCGGGGCGGUGGCGCUGGCGCACAGCAUCCGGCGGACCGGGUCCACCCGCGAACUCGUUCUCCUCCACGACCGCUCCAUCGCCGGCGAGAAGCUGCGGGCGCUGGCGGCUGCCGGGUGGUCGCUGCGGGAGAUCGAGCGCAUCCGGAACCCGCGCGCGGAGCGCGGCACCUACAACGAGUACAACUACAGCAAGCUCCGACUGUGGCAGCUCACCGACUACCACAAGCUCGUCUUCAUCGACGCCGACAUCCUCGUGCUCCGCAACCUGGAUCCCCUGUUCCACUUCCCCCAGAUCUCCGCCGCCGGCAACGACGGCGUCAUUUUCAACUCCGGCGUCAUGGUCAUCGAGCCAUCGAACUGCACCUUUCGAGCCCUCAUGGCCCGCCGCGCCGACGUGGUGUCGUACAACGGCGGCGAUCAGGGGUUCCUCAACGAGGUGUUCGUGUGGUGGCACCGCCUGCCGCGGCGGGUGAACUUCCUCAAGAACAUCUGGUCGAACACCACGGCGGAGGCCAGCGUCAAGAACCGCCUCUUCGCCGCGGACCCGCCAGAGCUGUACGCGAUCCACUACCUCGGCAUCAAGCCCUGGAACUGCCGGCGAGAGUACGACUGCAACUGGAACGUGGGCGACCAGAGGAGCUACGCCAGCGACCCUGCGCACGCCACGUGGUGGAGCGUCCACGACGCCAUGGACGAGGUGCUGCGGCCGUUCUGCCGGAUGACGGAAGCGCGGCGGGCGGAGCUGGAGGAGGAGCGACGUUGGGCGGAGGAGAUGCGCUUGCCGGAUGGCCACUGGAGGCAUUGAUUGAUUUUGAUUCGAUCUAUGAAUCGAAUGUAGAUAGAGAUGAAUGGUAUGAGACGCGCAUGUGAAUUUUUUUUGAUAGAUGAUACGUACGCCACUGCUUGUAUAGCUUGAAUAAUAGAAUUGAACAAGAGAUGAGAUCAUGAAAUAGCUAAAUAAAGAAACUGUUUGCUGAAUA